AUCAUGUAGUCCGCCAUUGAGAGGACUCGCGAUCAGGGAAAGGGUCAGAGUUGCUUCGACUGUCGAUGGCUACACGUUUCUCUCUGUCUCUCUGCAUGUUAUAAUUUUUUGAACUCUGAUCAUAGUUCUAAUCAUUUUCAAAAAAUCUGUUGUGUUGAGGGAAUACCAACUUUUUUCUGCAGUGAAUGAUUCCACACUCUCAGUUUAAUGGAUCCGGUUGUUAGUAUAAUAGGAAUAUAUUUCUUGCGAGCAGGCUAUCAGGCAAAGUAAGCUAGCUAGCUAGCUAGCCCUCAGCAUAGAGCUUCUGAGUUAGCUAGCUGACUGACUGGUUGGCUAACUGGCUAGCAGAGCACGAACUGAGCCUUGCUCGGGGGGCAGUGUGCCUGCAGUACAAUUUAUGGAUCCAAGAAUUGCCUGGUUUCAGCCAGAACAGCGUGGACCUGCUAACAGCUUGUGGAUGCAGAUUUGGGAGACGACACAAGGUCUGGGAAAUCUGUACUUCAAUAACAACUACAGUACGGGAGCUAGCACGUCAAGCCAUAUUCCUAAAUUGAACAGUAACGGGGCUACGAGUAACGUGAUCACGACCGAAAACGGGACUCCCAAUACCACCACCAGCCCAGGCGUUAGUGGCAGCAGCGAGUCCAGGAAUCAGGGGAUGUCUACUUCAAGGGUCGAUAGUGAUGUCGUGCAACAACGGGACUUCAUUCCUUUGGAAACCAACAACAACCAAAACAACCGAGCUGUCGUGAGGGGCGGCGGAGGAGGGGUGCUGGCUGGUGGGAUUGGGGUUUGGAGAGGGGACAUCGCGGGGCAUCGUAACAAGAGGAAAAGAGAUAAUAAAGCAAGCACUUUCGGAUUCAAUAGUAGUCUCUUGCUGAAUGGAUCUGGAGGAGAUGACGCUGAUGUCUGUGUCUUUACGGGUACGCCUUGGAAAACCAGAAACUACUCCGAGGGAAUUAUUGGGCUCCAUGAGGAGAUUCAGGACUUCUACGAGUACAUGUCCCCCCGGCCUGAGGAGGAGCGGAUGAGGCUGGAGGUGGUGGAUCGCAUCAAGCGGGUCAUCAAAGACUUGUGGCCUACAGCUGAUGUUCAAGUGUUUGGCAGCUUCAGCACUGGACUGUAUUUACCAACCAGUGACAUUGAUCUGGUGGUGUUUGGGAACUGGGACACCCUCCCCUUGUGGACACUGGAGGAGGCUCUGCGCAGGAAAAACGUGGCGGAUGAGAACUCCGUCAAAGUGCUGGAUAAGGCCACGGUGCCAAUCAUCAAACUGACCGACUCGUACACAGAGGUUAAAGUGGACAUCAGCUUCAAUGUGCAGAACGGCGUCAAGGCUGCCCGCCUCAUCAGAGACUUCAAGAAGAAGUAUCCCGUGCUUCCCAAGCUGGUGCUGGUACUGAAGCAGUUCCUGCUGCAGAGGGACCUCAACGAGGUCUUCACGGGGGGCAUCGGCUCCUACAGCCUCUUCCUCAUGGCAGUCAGCUUCCUGCAGAUGCACUACAGGGAGGAUGUCUCCAGCCCCAACACCAACAUCGGCGUCCUGCUCAUUGAGUUCUUCGAGCUCUACGGCCGGCACUUCAACUACCUGAAGACGGGCAUCCGGAUAAAGGACGGCGGCAGCUACGUGGCCAAAGACGAGGUGCAGAAGAGCAUGCUGGACGGCUACCGGCCCUCUAUGCUCUACAUCGAGGACCCCCUGCAGCCAGGGAAUGACGUGGGCCGCAGCUCCUACGGAGCCAUGCAGGUCAAGCAGGCCUUCGACUACGCCUACGUGGUGCUCAGCCACGCCGUCUCGCCCAUCGCCAAGUACUACCCCAACAACGAGGCCGAGAGCAUACUGGGGAGAAUAAUCCGGGUGACCCAGGAAGUGGCUGAAUACAGGGACUGGAUCAGCAAGCAGUGGGGGACACAGUCUCAGAACGAGCCUGUCAUAAACGGAAAUGAUGUCACUCUGGAGCCCCAGCAGCUGGAUGAGUGCAACAACAAUGUGGCGGAGGAGGUGGUGGUGGUGCUGCCCUCCAUAUCACGCAGCAAGAGCUCCAACUCCUCUACCCCUCCCUCAUCCCCCUCUUCCUCUCCCUCCUCAUCUCCCUCCUCCACUGCCUCUAGCUCCAGUGAUGUGGACUCUGACGGAACGCCCUGCAAGACGGUGAAGCAGCAGCAGCAGCAGCAGCCUGGGCGUGGCUCCAGUGCCCGCAGGGAGAGCACAGAGAGAGUGCAGACCAACCACAGAACACAGAACCACUCCACAAGCAACCCCAGCACCAACAGCAAAGGCAACAAGUCCAAACCGUACCGGCAGAACAAGAGCUCACAAGGCCAGCAGAAUUCCUCGUCCAGCAGCAAGAGCCACCAAAGCAGCAAGCCUCAUCACCAGGGCAACAGCAAGAGGAGGAAACCACAGAGGGACGCCGCACAUGAGGACCUGUGCAGAUAGAGGGCGCUCUCUCUCUCUCUUUCCUCUCCUAUCUCCUCUCGCCUUGCAGACUGAGCAACUCAGUGCAGUUCCUCUGCUUUCCUCCUGUCUUAGGAGGUGCUGGGAAGGGAGUGUGUGUGUGUGUGUAGGGGGGGGCGGGUCUUCGUAAAGCUACGAUCACUUUCCAUUCUUCCUCCCUCUUUCCCAAGGGAUGUACGACUUUUUAUAGCAGGAAAAAAAAAAUUAAAAAAGAGGUAGAGCUCAUGGGCGUGAACAGAAAUCAUGCAGGAGAGUCUUUGUGUCCCUCACUGGCUUCUGUAGCACAGCUGUUGCCCUGGCGAGGAGCUGGCCCCUCUCACUUUUCUUGUACGGCUCCCCUCAGUGGACAAACAGAGCAGCAUCCGGAGAGUUUACCUUGACCUACAGGAGCAAUAACUGGAGCUCUGAAACUCUGCCUGACUGAGAACCUUUUAAAAAAGGAAAAAAAAGAUUAAAUAAAUUAAAAAAAGAAUAAACGAGAAAAAGUUUUAAAACUGCUAAAACGUUGAACAUAUACACACAAGACUUUUUGCUUUUAAAAAGACUGAGGAAAAAAUGCAAUCAAUUCGAUGGGAGACCUAAAUUAUGCAUGAACAUAGUUUUUUUUCUGCAAGUUUUAUUUUUUGUCCUUUUUUUGAAGGGUGAAUAUCUUUUUGUCAUGUAAAGAAAACAGGUUAUACAAAAUUUGUACUUCUGAAAAAAGCAAAAACCUUGAAAAAAAAAUGGGAAAAAGUAACUAAAAGACAAGUUUCAUAUGAAUUUGUACUUGAUUAUACAGAAACAGACACACUGUUAAGAUGUCCACACCCACUCUGUGACUUGACAAGUGCAGGCUUUGGAUAAAUUGCCAACUUUCAUCAUCAGCAUGUUUCACCUGUUUGUAGUAGCCCUGUGUGUGUGUGUGUGUGUGUGUGUGUGUGUGUGUGUGUGUAUGUAUGUAUGUGUGUGUGUGGAGGGGUUGAUAUGUUUGUGUGAAAGCAGGCAGUGGAUAUUUUAGCCACGCCACAUGCUUACACAUGGAUACACACAUACACGCAUGCAAACAGUCACUACAAUCCAUAACCUAUGUAGUGAGCGCAGAUCUGUACAGUAACGGUUAAGGAGAUAAUCUUUUGAUGUCUUUUUAAGGGGUAUAAAAGAUUGAUCAGUACUCUACAGAACUGUUUGCGAAGUGUGUGUGUGUGUGUGUGUGUGUGUGUGUGUGUGUGUGUGUGUGUGUGUGUGUGUGUGUGUGUGUGUGUGUGUGUGUGUGCGCAGCGAUCAUAGGAGUGGCUCUUAGUUAUUUUUUUCUUGGCAGUUUACCAUUUACAUAAAGUGUUUGUAAAUGAACUGGUAUUUAUUUUUUUGGAUAUGAGAAUGAUUGAUUAUUCCCGAUUAUCAAUGAAAGUUAGAGCCCAUGUGCUCCUAUGUGUCUUGUAGUUAGGCAGGAGGUUGGAUUGUUGGGAGAUUGAUGACCGUCAGGUGAAGUGGAGAGUGAGGGUGUGUCCAGGGGAGUCAUGUGGGCAUUGGUGCGUGAUUGGACAAGAACGGUUGGGAACUGUGCUCUGAUUGGAAGUCUGUGCAGGCUGUGCAGCCAAUCAGGUCUAAGAGUUGACAUGCUCUUUCUAAGCAUCUGCCCAUCCUGUGUUCAUGUUUGGCCCCAUGACUUCCUUGAACAGGGUUGGAAGAACUGGGUUCAAAGCUUUCUAUUUUUUUCCUUUUAGUGACCAAGUUACUUAAAAAAAAAUAAAAAAAUAUUUAAAAACAAGAAAGAAAGAAAGACAGACAGAUACGAGAAUGAGACCAUUUCUAUGUGCAAAAAAAUGGAAAGUGAGUUGUAUUGAACUUAUGGCUGGUCUACUUAAAAAGGGAGCUCUGCUUUUGGUUGAUUCAAUUUAUUUAUUUUUUUUUGUAUUUCAUGCAGACAAAAAAAAAAUCUUGUCCUCUCUCAGUUGUAAUGCAAUUCAUCAGUUGACCAUUAGGUGGUAGUGUAAGUGCAAGAUAACCUUUGGGAGGGAAAAUGUUGAUGGAUGUGACACCUAUGUUGUACAACUAUUUGUUGACACCCAGGUUUAUUCUGUUCGUCUUGACAAUUUGCUAAAUGAUUUCUGCUUAAGCCUUAUGCACAUGUGUACACCUUACACCGUCUGUUAUGGUAGCUCUGAGAACAAUCAGUAGUAUGCUGUAAGCAAAACCAAACUUGAUAAUCCUGCGAUUACCAAAAAAAAAAAUAAAAAAAAUUUUCUUUAGUUCAGUCCCAAAGGGGUUUCACAACAAGUUGUCCCAUCCGAUCCCAUCCCAUUGCAUCCCUGCCACAGAAGGAUAAGUGAGCGCCUGGCUGGAGCCACCAAGAGUCUAUCGUUAUCUCUGUGAGAACAUAGUUAAUCAGAACUGUAUCUGUGACAAACUACUCAAAUCCAUGCAAUAAAAAUAACCACAGCACAAUUAUCAAACAGGUGAUUUACUACCCUAUGUAUAAUAUUCAGGAUUUUAUGACAAGGGGUUGGCUUUUAUAUUCCAUAGGCUACAGUGAAACAAAAACACAUUAUAUACACUUAUCUACUACUAAGGUUUAUACUUAAUGUCAGUUAGCCUGUGGUUGCCUCUUAACAUUAUUUAAAGCAUAUAUAUUCAGUAUGCUUCAAAAUCCGGAAAUUUACGAGCGAAUGAACAGCUCCAUAGAAAUGCCUCACACUUGACUUUGAUGCCAUUUUCUUUCUUCGAGGCACAAAUGGUAUAGGUAGCACUCUGCUGGUUAGGGUUCCAGCAGCUUUACUAGACUGACCUUUCUAAACUGCAAGUGUUUUUUACCAUUUUCUCCUUUUGAUGAGGAUAUGUAGUUUAAGGCAGGUCUUUAUUACUAUAAAGCUUCUGUCUCAUUCCUGACUAUCUUCCCCAACACAUUCAUCACUUAAGUAGCGCCAGGCCACGUACAUUGGAUCUCAGGUUGUCUUACACAUGUGAGGGUAAGCGUCAGCAGGAGUUUCUCAGUUUAGGCUCAUUCAGCUGGUUUAGACCUCCGCUAGUUUGUGGAGAGGACCCAAGACUAAAUCCCAAUUGUAUCAGUUUGCAGCCUUCAGGUACAAACCUAGUCAUCCUAAUUAAUCUCACUUUUGCAGCUUUCAUCUCAUUUUACUGUGCAAAGUAUCUUUUUUCCCAGACCUCUUUUGUCAGAGGUUGAGUCGUGACAAACAUUGCAGUGCACACUUGGUUUCUUUCAGUGCUAAGUCAUGCUACAGUGCUAAGUCAUGCUACAGUGCUGUAUAUUCCCUUAUUUGUCCCUGGAUCUGAAUGUAAUGUGUUUGAUCUGUUCUUCACGUAGGGACUUUUAAUAGUAUUAUUGCUGCUAUCAGAUUUUGCCCAUGAACCAGAAUACAAAAAAAAUGGCGCCCCCAAUGAACCCAGUGCUUAUUUGAAAUUGUGGUACAGUUCUAAUCAAUGUGAAUGUUGUAAAUGUCAAAAUAGCUUUCGUUGGUCUCUUAACUGUAUCAGCCCAAGGAAGAUGCAUUCUAUUGAUAAGGUGCACACAGGUUAAUAUUGUAGGACUCUCAGUUUUGGCACAAGACUGAAUCCAAAUUUGAGAUACCUUCCAUUUAUAUUUUGACCCAAGUCUAAUUUACAAUUUAAAGUAUAUUUAUUAAAUAUUUGGGAACAGCUGAAAUGCUCCUCUACUGCUACAAUUUUUUGUGUUAUUUUUGUUUUCAGACUUAAUAUUCUUGUUCAAAUGUAUCAUUGUUCCUGUCGUAUUUUUGAUGAUACAAAUAUCUUUUGCAUACUAUUUUUUGUGAGAAUUUAAAACUUAAAAAAAAAAAAAUGAAGAAAAAAAAUAAAACAUUUGAUUUAAGUGUCCAGCCCUUUGGGAUUCAGGGCUACAAUCAGAAAGAAGGUGUAUAGUAUACAGUAAUAAAUGCACUUUAAUAUCAAA